UUGAUGUCAGUGCAAUUUUACUGUGCACAAACUGUUUGUAAACAUUUAAUAAUUUGAGUAGCUACCAUGCCAUUUUAUCACAAACCACGAGAAUUCACACCACUAUUGAUAGCAGCUGAAAAAAAAGCUAAGAAGAACGGACUUCAUCACGCUAUUUUUACUUCGAGGUUCGACAAAUAUAUAGGCGAUUGGAAAGAUGAUUUGAAGGAAGGAAAGGGAAGGUUUUUAACAAUCAAAGGAAAAUUGUAUGAAGGCGAUUGGUACAAAGGACGCCGACACGGUUACGGGGUUCUGAGCCAGUUGCAGCCCAAUGGCACGUACUCCCUGAUGUACCGUGGCGACUGGGUGAGGGGGAAGCCUGAGGGCAUCGGCUGGGCAUACUUCGAGAACGGUGAACGAUACAUGGGCUUUUGGAAAGCAGGAUUGCUGCAGGGUUAUGGGAAUUACUGGUACGCCGACAACACUUUUUACUGCGGAUAUUUUAGCAAUGACAUGAGAGAUGGAUUUGGAUUGCUUAUGUAUGCAAACGGGAACAGGUAUGAAGGACAUUGGGAGAAGAACUUGAAGAGCGGACUGGGUCGGUACUACCACAUGCGCACUGGCCAGCUUCAGGAAGGUUGCUGGGCGAACGAUGUGUGCAUCAUGUCUAAGAUGACUGACAUCAUUAUAAGACAAGCUUGCGAACAUCCGACACCUUAUCCUAUACCACCGCAUCAGCUGAAAUUCUCAAGAAAAAUUCUAGAACAAAGCGAGCUCUGGCUCAAACAGAAGAAAGGAGAAAUAGAUAAAAACCUCAAAGCUUGCAUCGACCAAGUUUAAUGUGUUUACAAGAUCCGUUAAAAAUAACAAUUGUAAAAUUAUCCAUACAAAAUUCUACAAGUUACGUUUACAUGAACAAUUUAUUUACUUAAUUCUAAAAUAUAUAUUAACAGAUUUUUUAAUGUCAUUCAUUAUUAUAUCACAGUACUUAUUGGAUUAAGUAAUAAAUACAGUCAAUAUCAUUUUAUUGCCAUACUUUGGCUUAUGUACCUAAUAGAAUAGUUUUUGAUCAAAGUUACGAACGGGUAAGGUACACUGGUAUCGAAUUGACCGAUUCAGAACAAUGGUAUGACAAAAAGUCAGGUCAUGUUGGGGUAAACAGCCUAAGAUUAUUUAGGUAGGUACCAGAGGAUUGUCUAAAAGCACCUGAAGAACUCUCUCAUAGAUAUUGGAUCAUUGGAUAAAGUUAGAUUUAAUUUUGAAAAUACUGCAGAAUUGAACAGGCCGGAAAAUAUGAGUCACACAUUGUCGUUUAUCGUUAAUGUAACUUUUUUCUAUAACGAUGGCGAAACUCUCGAUAGUGGUACUAUUACGAAGUUGAUAUCACA